CUUUUCUCCUCGCCACUCAGUUUGAACGUUCCUCGUGUGUUACUAUCUCCCUUGCGCACAGCGAGCGCAGUCAUUGACCACCAUCCGCGCGUGUGUUAGUCUGUCAGCCAAGCUGGAGGAGAUGGCUGCAAACCGGGUCGGGAGGCGGUGUAACAACAAAGUCCACUCUCCGAAUCGUGGGGCGGCAAGGGAUCCUGGACUUAGCUUACAGAAGAGGCAAGCCCGAGUGACGGUUAAGUACAACAGAAAGGAGCUUCAAAGGCGACUGGACGUGGAGAAAUGGAUUGAUUCUGGUUUGGAUGAGCUUUACCGGGGCAGGGAGGAGGACAUGCCAGAGGAGGUGAACAUCGACGAGCUGCUGGACCUGCCGAGCGACGAGGAGCGGGUGUGCAAGCUAAAGGAGGUUCUCCACACCUGCAGUAACAACACAGACGCGUUCAUUAAGGAGCUGAUGCUGAAAGUCCAGGGCCUGCAGAAGCAGGAGGACCUCCACAAUGAUGGCAUGGAGCACCCCCACCUCCACCACCACCCUGAAGCCGAGAUGCACUGAGCGUCCUCUUCGCUCACGGGAACGCGGGCGUGGCCACCGAGGCUCCUAACCCCACCCUCUUCCCCUGCCGUCCCCUCCCCAAUCCCCCACCCCCUUGCACACGCUGCUCUUGGUCCACAGCAUUGGACAACACGGAAGGAGAGGCGACUGACUGAUCGACCACGGCCAAAAACCCCACGCACACGCUUCAAUCCGACGCUCACACGGGAUCGUGAGAUUGGCGACCCCCUGCGGAGCUGGUUUUUCAUUGGGCACGGCCCAGAGAGCACACCUCACCCCUCAGGCACGUCGGGACACACUUCCACAUUUCACAGUGUGCACUGAUUCCGAUAAAUCCGGCCCCUCGAGGAUUUCCGGAAACCAGCUGACGUUUUGUUGUGUUUGUGUUUUUUUUUUUUUUUUUACAAGCCCCAGUGUUGUAAAUUGAUCCUCCUUUAAGUGCUCUGCAGCACCACCCUUUAUGGAAAAGUCAGCAGUUGAUGAAUGGGGUAAUAUGGAUGGGGAUGAUGACAUCAUCUCACUUGUUACGGUUUUUUUUUUUUUUCAUACCGCAAGGUUUCACCUUAUCCAGUUAACACCAGAAGACCCAACAGCAGACCUAAAAAUGGAAAUAUGAUUGAAUUUAAAAUGCCUGGGAUUGCAAAUAAUCCAAUAAAUUGAAGGCCAAAUUCUGCAGAACAUGCUAUAUUAAUGGACAGCAAAUUCUGAUGAAAAUGCAUGAAAGACAAUAUUAAAACAUGUGGGUGUUUGAUACAGUAGCAUUGAUUCCUCAGUUAUUUCAUGCAUUUCUUGCAGAAUUUAAGUCCAGGUAAGUUAGCAUCUUUUAUUAUGUUGACCAUUCUCCAUUCUAAUUUGCUUGGGGAUUUCUGUGGAUCUGAAGCUUUAAUCUUCUCAUUACUGUGAGACAGACCUGGGUCAAAUACGUAUUUGUUUUGGAUUCAAAUACUUUUCUGUGCUCUAUUGAUCUUGCCUGAUGUAACUGAGCCUGCCAAUGUGAGCAGAAGGCGGGGUUUACACUUUGAGAGUAUUUCAUUGAUUCCAAUACACCAGACAAGAUCAGUAAAGUGUAGAAAAUUAUUUGAAUCCAAAACAAAUACGUAUUUGACCCAGGUCUGCUGUGAGAUAAGCGUUGCCCUGAGAUUUCAGACCUAGUUUUCUCAGGUGCGCUCGUUGGAUAAGCUGCUUGAGCACCUUUCCAGAUGGAAGAUUUUCAUAAAGCACAUAUGACUGCAAUAAUGAUACAUGUACCGUAGGGUGAGCACUACUGUAUGUUGAUUGAAUUUGAAGGGUUUAUACAGAGGUCCACGUGUGUGUGUGUGUGUGUGCAUGUGUGUGUGUGUUCUGUUAUAUUUUAAUUAUGAGUUACACUCGUGCUCUGACAGAAUAUUUUUUAAACAAGUACAGUACAUGAAUAAAGCACUGAAUAAAAUCUGCCAUCACCCAAAUUAUUCAAACUACCCCCUUGGCAUUCACCCUGAGCACAAUGGGUGCUCCAAUUUUGGAAGUGGCCACGGAAGGAUCUUAAGCAAAUGAGAGAAAAAUUCUAUCUCACAGAGGACAUGUAAUUGCUGUGCAUUCGGGAUUACAUUGAAAACAUUAUGGCGGGAAGCCUUGCUUUACAGUCAAUGGUAUCUGGUUCAAAACACCCUUUAAAAAUGAAGGUUGACCAUGAGCAAGAAAAAGAGGAGAAUAAGAACUUUCCUAGAAACUGCCCUGAAUGUUUAUCUAGUUUUAGAAAUUAUUUUUACAAUCCUUUACUGUGUCUAAUGUGGUAUUAUUGUACUUAAUUGUGAGUGAUUUGAAUUAUAUUACUUUAUUACAUAAUAUAUUAUUACAUUAAAAUGAUAUAACAUUGCAAUUGUUCUGGAAAAGUUCAAACUUAUCUCAGACCUCUCAUGAUCUAAUGAUUUAGCUGAACUCAAUCACCUUCUAAUUAAUAUGGUUUAUUGUAAAGCCCCAACAUUUAUUUCUGUCAUAUUGAACAAAAUUAAGAAAAAAAGGUAUUCUGCUGAUAGGAAUUCUUUCUAGAAUUAGUAAACAAACAGGUUCAUUUUUCAGAUAAAUGGUCUUCCUACCCGAUUUUCUUGUUCAAGUAAUUUAAAAACCGCUUAGGAAUGGUCACCAAAACACAACAAUGUAACGUUCUCACAGCGUUUUUUAAGCAUUGUAACAGUGUUUAUUCGUUUUAUGGUGCAGCAACGCCUGUCAAUUGAAAGGCCCACACGUAUGUCUUGAGGGCAUGAAGAAUCGGUUGGUUGUUGGCAUCAUAACUGCCACCCGUAUAAUGGAAAAAUUACGUUUCAAGGCAGCAACACUUUUUACAUUCAUAAAAAAAUGGAGUGUUAUUGAUUAGCUCAUUUGUUUUGCCAUUUGCACACAUAUAACUGUUUUCACAGAAACUGUAAAUAUGAGUAAGCGUAAAAAGCACAGGCUGCUUCUCCUGUCCUUAUGCUCUACUUUUUAAGUGAUGUUUGUGUAACUGACAGUCUUCACGUACACAGUGCUGCACAGUUCAUCCGCUCCAUCUCCAUCUGUGAUCCCAAACUGUCCCUGCUGAUAAUUAUCAGAAACCAAAUCCUUGCUACAGUGCAAAAAAAAAAAAAAAAAAAAAAAACUCCUGCAUGUCUUCAAGAGGGAUUGCUCCUGAGCAGUUAAUUCAUUAUGCUAUGCUCUACUUUACAUUGUAGCUUAUUCAUGGGAAAACAGCAAUGAAGAUAAGAUAAGAGUUGCCCCCAGGUUGUCAAAAAAAACCUUCUAACAGUCAGAUAAAGUGCUUAUUCCCCCCCCCAUUCAACUCCAGUGUCAACAGUGACUGCUCCAUGUGUAUUUUCGGAUUUGUAUAACCCGCGCCAAUUUUUAUUCAUGUUUUUUCCUACCAAUUUUUGCUAAUUGGCUGUUUUGAUAUGAUUUGUAAAUCUGUAUUUGUUUGUUAGUCAUUUUUUUAUUUGUAAAUUCUUUGAAAUAAAGAUUGACCUCUGCAA